GGUUAGGGUUCUUUCUUUAUUUUAGCAUAUAAUUUCACCCCCCCAAAAAAACCCAAAACAGAAUAAAGCCUUUAAAUGACAGAAAGGCUCUACCUUUGCAGCAUUUUGGGGUUUUGAAUCGGUUACUCUUGAUCUCUCCGGGCUUUGGUGCCCUGUGGCUGUUGAAAUCCAUGAUCAUCAGUGUCUCAUGGACCCCUCUCCAGUGCACACCACUCCUUCACUCAAUGAAGAAGAAGAUGAGUGGGACACUGAUGGAUUUGUGAUUCCGAGCUUGGGAAUAGAGGAUUCCAACACAAAUAGAACUGAUGCUUCAGAAGUAGAAGCUUUAAAACCUCCUUCUCCAAAGACUAAAAAGGAAGAGAACAUCUAUCUAGGACCACAUGGGGCCCCUCCUUCGCAAUCAAGGCAGCAAGAGCUGAACUUGUCCAGUCGGAAGCAACGUUUUAAGCAGAAACUGAAGGAAGCUGAUAGGAGGAUCAGUGGGACAGGAAGGGAGAAUAAGGUGGAAAAUUUGAGGGAACUUGUGGGGGGUGGACGAGUAAGUGCCAACAUGCAGAAGGGUUCUCCAAGAGAUUGGCUAGAUCCACAUUGCAAUGAAUCACAAUUUGAAAAGUGCUAUAACCCCCAAUGAAUGGAGCCUAUUAAUAGCUUAAGCUAUUUAUCA